AUGGUAUCCAGUCGAUCAAAGGCCAGUGCACCUCAGAACUCAAAGAAACGAAAGGUUCGGUUCACUACACUCAGUACCAAACCCAUUCAAGAGUUAUUGCGGACCUUCAAGCCUUCCCAAUUACGCGAAGUUAUUGACGAGACAUUGAAUAAUGGCAAUAUUGCCAAAUGUAUACGCGAUAUUCAUGCUCGAUCGUCACGAAAACUUCAGAUUAGAGACCAUUCAGAGCCAUUGGUUGCGGCCCAAGUACCAGUUGAUGAUGAAGUGCUUGAGAGCAUCGAAAAAUCCCCAACAAAGUUGAGGCAGCAUGCUCCCGUCUCAAUACCAAAGGACUUGUCUAUGACUGCCACUAAUGGCAACUUACCCACUCCGAGAAGUUCCCAGGAACCUAAGGAGAUACCCAUGACCCCCGAGCCUUGGAUGACCCCCGAGCCACAACCCAAUGCUCAACCAUCUCCUCUUCCAGAGGCAGAACAAUACAUCCCUCCACCAGUUCAAUUUACAACUUGUAAUUGCCGGUCUGGAUGCAUUUCCACCCGCUGCAAAUGUUUUAAAUCCGGACGAGGCUGUUCGCCCUCUCCUUCCUCUGGCUGCAAAUGCGAUUCUUGCGCUAAUAUGCUCAACGACUUAACUGUCUUUUUCGGACCCCCCAAAUCCUCUGAUCCUCCUGUCUCGGCUAGUCCCGACUUUCUAAAAUGGAUUCGAAAAGAGUCGAGAAACGGAAGGUUCGAUUUGAUUCAUCCGGAUACAAUAGAAGAGCUGAGAAGCAUGUUGAUGGGAGUGGAAUAUGGCGAUAUGACAUCUCCACCCCAAUUUCCCGUUUUCUCAGGAAAACUCAGAGGCAUUGGAAAAGCAUGGAUGAGCUCUAACAUCACGGAUGAAGAGAGAGAAGAUGUGAAGAGGGGGUUGUUUAAAGAGGCUUUCGGGGUCGCAGCACCAAAAGAUACCAAGAAUGAUUAUUGGUGCUUUUGUAAAAAUGAAUGGAAACAAACCAUUUUGUGGGAGUUUUGUACAAAGUGCGACGAGUGUAGAGAUACGAGGGAGUGGCAUUGUGGAGAAUGUGGGAAUAGGAAUAUUGGGAAUGGAUGUGAGUGCCAGAAGGGUACUAAACGAAGGAAAUUACUGAAAGGAGCUACUUGCGCAGUCAUUAUUCUUCAAUAA